CCGAGGCGCUGCAGGAACGGGGCGGGAGCGGAGCUGGGUCGGAAUUGGGACUGGGAUGGGGUGCGUGGUUCUGCUGUGGGGUGCGAUCCUGCUCAGCUGCAGCUGUGGCCUGGGACCCCCCAGGGUCGGUGCCGCUCCGCUGCUGACGGCCACCUACGUGCUGGACGAUGCGGACGGGCUGGGCAGGCAAUUCGACGGGAUCGGGGCUGUGAGCGGCGGCGGGGCCACAUCUAGACUCCUGGUGAACUACCAAGAACCUUACCGCUCCCAGAUUUUAGAUUACCUGUUCAGGCCUAAUUUUGGUGCUUCUUUACACAUUCUCAAAGUAGAGAUUGGAGGUGAUGGGCAGUCAACAGAUGGUACUGAACCCUCCCAUAUGCACUAUGAAAAUGAUGAGAACUACUUCCGGGGCUAUGAAUGGUGGCUGAUGAAAGAAGCUAAAAAGAGGAACCCUGACAUUAAACUGAUUGGAUUACCUUGGACAUUUCCAAGAUGGAUAGGGAAGGGUGAAAACUGGCCCUAUGACUAUCCAGAUGUCACUGCUUACUAUAUUGUUUCUUGGAUAUUAGGAGCAAAACAGUAUCACGAUUUGGACAUUGAUUAUAUUGGGAUAUGGAAUGAAAGGGCAUUUAGUAGCAAAUACAUUAAGCUGUUGAGGUACACAUUGGAUAAGCGUGGUCUGGAGCAGGUGAGGAUCAUAGCCAGCGAUAGACUGUGGGAGCCCAUUUCCUUUGUCUUGCUGAUUGACUCUGAGCUCCAUGGAGUGGUCGAUGUGAUUGGGGCUCACUAUCCUGGGACAAAAACAGUGCAAAAUGCCAUAUUAACUGAGAAGAAACUAUGGUCUUCAGAAGAUUAUAGUACUUUCAAUGAUGAAGUAGGUGCAGGAUGCUGGGCUCGGAUCCUGAACCAAAACUAUGUCAAUGGAAACAUGACCUCGACAAUCGCGUGGAACUUAGUGGCUAGUUAUUAUGAAGAGUUGCCCUUUGGUCGGUGUGGGCUAAUGACAGCACAAGAGCCAUGGAGUGGCCACUAUAAAGUUGAAGCUCCUAUCUGGAUUACAGCACACACAACACAAUUUACUCAGCCAGGCUGGUCAUACUUGCAAGUGGAUGGACACUUAGAAGGUGGUGGCAGUUUUGUAGCUCUGACAGAUGGUCUAGGGAACCUUACCAUCAUCAUUGAAACUAUGACUCAUAAUCACUCUCAAUGUAUCAGGCCUCCACUGCCUAAUUUCAGUGUCACACCUCAGAGAGCAACUUUCUACCUCAAAGGGUCAUUUUUUAUGGUGGAAACCCUUCAAGUGUGGCAUUCUAGACUUGGUUUUGAAUCUGGAAACUCGAGUCUUUUUCAGCGACUCCACCCUGUAAAGGUGUGGAGGGGAAGAUUUUCUUUAGAUCUAGAUGUGGAUGAAGUCUACACUUUAACCACACUCAAGACAGGACAUAAAUGCAUUUACCCAGAGCCGCCUCCACCUCAUCCCUUUCCUUCAAAUUACAAAGAUGAUUUUAAUAUACGUAAUCCACCUUUCAGUGAAGCCCAAUUUGCAGAUCAGACAGGUGUCUUUGAAUACUUUGUAAAUGCUUCUGACCCAGGAGAUCAUGUGUUCACACUCCGCCAGGUGGUGGUUCAGCGGCCCAUCACUUGGGUUUCUGAUGCAGACCAGACCAUCAGUAUCAUAGGAAAUUUUCAGUGGGUAAACAUGACAGUCACCUGUGACAUCUACAUAGAAAAGCAACAUGAUGGGGGUGUAUUUAUUGCAGGAAGAGUUGACAAUGGUGGGAUAUAUGUUCGACGUACCAAGGGAGUUUUCUUCUGGGUUUUUGCAGAUGGCACUUACAGAGUGACUCGUGAUAUAGCUGGAGAAGAAAUAUUAAUGAAAGGACUUUCUGGUGUCCGGGAUAAUGCAUGGCACACACUUACUCUAACAUUACAGGGCAAUUCUGCCUCAGGACUGUUAAAUGGUUAUCCGCUCUGGGAGAAUGUCACUGUUUCUAAACCAAGCAAUGGCUGGGCUGCUCUUGGAACUCGCUCGUUUGAGUUUGCACAGUUUGACAACUUUCACGUUGAAGCCAGCUGAGGUGCCUUUCAUGUUUGGAGAACCCAGUUCUCAUAUUACUUUGAAUAAGAGCCAGUUCAAACUUGGAGGAGAACUUAAUGCUAUGCUGUGAUUGAUCUGUUGGCAAAGAAUCUGUAUUCUGUCCUUAUUAUUUGUUAAAGGUUUACUUGAGUAGAUGUCAACAUGACUGUAACUUUAUCCCCAGUUGCUAUGGGAUUUUUGCCCUUUGAUUUUUUGGGGUAAAUUUUAGUUCAAGGUAAUGAUGAAAACAAGUUCAUGGAUUUAAAUAUCUUUUAAUAACAACAUCUUAACUUACCAGCUCACUUUUAAGAUAACUUUAGAAGUUAACCGAAGACAGGUGCAUCUUAAGCUGCAUUAUUUAACACUUCCAUGAUUAUGUCCGUUCCUUUCACUGUGAAAGAAAGAAUUAAGUGCCAGUAAGCCUUAUGAGCCAGUGGCCCUGUACUUUUGUAGGUCUAUCAUUUUCAAGUUUCAUUUGGAUAAAGUACCUAGAUUUUCAAUAGUAAAAAAAAGAUGUUUUGUCUGUUUCUUUGCUACAGUCCUGUGACUAGACAUUAUGGUACUCCAAGUGCAUUUGAUUAGUUCUUCCUGAUUACUUCUUCCAACUUGCAUUGCCAGCCCUAAAAUAGAUCCUAUUUUCAGUGGAAUGUAAAUACGCCUUAUGGCUGAUCAGGCAGUGCAGGAUGUGCCUUACUUCUAAUCUACCUCCUCUUUCCAAUGAAAGGGUUGAAAUAGAUGAAAAGAUACCAUAACUUACAGUUUGUUGAUGAUAACCUUGUGGGUUUUUUGCAUGGUGCAAAGAAUAAAAACUUUGCAUUAUGGAUGCUGGCAAGCAGAGUACUUAUUUUGCGUCAGGUCACGUGUGUAAACUGGCCUUUGUUUUCUAGAAACUUAGGCAACCAUCUCUCACUUUUGAUGGAUCUAAAGCUUAGAACAUAAAAUAAUUAAAGCAUAACAUGUUAUUUAGCUUACCAUAUUACUGUGGCACAGAGGAGAUAUGGAUACUAUCACUUCCUAGUAUAAAAGAAAAUUAAAAAAAAAUAGUCUUUGCCCUUAAGAACCUGCAGUCUGUUCAUAAGGUAAGUGACAGCAGGUGGGCAGAGACAGAAUUGUAUAGUAAGCCAGCCAGUGGCACUGACACAGUAGUGUCUGUUUUUCAACUUUUCCUAUGUAUCGUGGGGUGAAAUUCAGAGGGAACUUCAGAUCCUUGAGAAAGGAGGGAUUCUGUUUUGCUGUUGCUUCAUUUUAUUUUUUUUUCCCCCCAAGUUACUGUGUUAUAAGAAAGCAAAUCAUUGAGAAUAUAAAGAGGUACUGAAUGGGAUUUUCCUCACACACAUUCCAACUUCAAUUGGCUUCUUAUUUUUCUUGUUUGCUGUUGGUCAGAAGACGUCUGUUGCCAUAAUGAAACAUGCCUCCUGUGUCCAUCUAUUUUUCACAUUCACAUCAUAAAUAACUGACAAGUGAGUAGUCUGCAGACUUGAUAGGGCAGUAGUAGCUGUAUGAGGCCAUUUGUACCAGGCAACAUCUUGAGAAAAAGAUUAGCAGUAUACUUGCAUUAUAGACAUUAUUCUUCUGAUCCAUUUUACUUUGAAGGCUGAUUCCAGUAAGUGUUAACUUCAGUCUUUGAAGUUGUCAUCUCAUGUAGAGUUAAUGUAAUACAAUCAUUCCUGGAAAUUUUUUAUGAAAUUUUACUUUCCGAAUUAGGUUUUGGAGAAGAGAAUGUUCCAUCUCUAAUAACUGAAAAUGCUUUGUCUUUUAGCUGUUAUACUGAUACUGCUUAAUUUUGUACUGCUAGUAACCUUGAAAAAUGGUUUCAGACCACUAAACUUUAAAAUUCUUAGAAGCUUCCAAAUAUGAAGUAACUGUUUACUUAACGGGGUAAAAAAUGAAAGCCUGUUUUCCACAUCAUUUUCAUUUGAUGGUUGAAGUAUGGAUGCAGAUCUGUUCAUUACUUGUUUGAUUUCAUAAGGGAUGUCACUGGUUACUCCAAAUGUGAAGGAAUUUAAUUUUGGGUCCUCAUAUUCAAGUAAUAUGAGUAUAAUAUCUCAGAAUAAUUUAUUUUAGCUGUGAUGGAUUUUCCUAGUAGGAUACUUCUGAAGACUUCCUGGUAGCUUCUGCAUCUGCAAGCAGUGUUUGUGCAAGAGUGAGAUCAGCAAUGAUGCAGUUAUUCCAAAGAAGCUGUCCAUUUUUUUUACCUUUCAACGCACUAGUGUAUUAAACUGUACUGUUAUAUUGGUGUAUUAAACACAAUGUAUUUUGUCACUGGACAAGUGAUUUUUUUCCCUAAUCUUAGUUACAAUGUUAAAGGAUUAAAGUGCGAUGAACAAAGUAUGUGAUUUAAUGGUGAUAUAAUGUUAUUCAUCUUCAUAUGUCUGUAAUUCUUCACCCUUCAGCAGAUUGUAAUAUGUUUGGCAAUAACAAGCUGUCAAGUUUUUCACUGAGAGGUGGAUUUAUGUUGUUGAUUAUAACACUAAUCAUUCCAAAUGGACAAAUAAAACACUUAAGCCCCCUUA